AUGGCAGAAGAGGUAGGGCCCACCGUGGCUAUGUUGAACAGGAUCGCUCUGAGCCCAAAACCUGCGAAACGCAAAAUGGGGAGCUCAGCCAUUGACUCUGCGCCCUCAAAGAGGCCGCGACCAGAAAACAGAGAAAGGCAGCAGUCCCAAGAACUCGAAUUAUACGGGCAGCCGCAGACCCCUAAGGAUGAUUCGCUGGGUCGGUCAAAGGAUAUUGGUCAGGCCAACACACAAAAGCAGCUCAGCAAAUCGAAAGAAGCCACAACGUACGAUGAGAUCCCUGAAUCUGAUCAGGAGGGCGUAAUGGCAGCUUCACGGGCGGCCAAAAAUAAUAUCAGUCGCAAGCAAAGAAAACUUGGCCCUAGAGCGAAGCAAGCAUUCGCGAAAGGCCCAUUCGGCGACGAUCUAGAUGAUGAGGUACCUACAAGCUUCCAGCAGCCUAAGCCAAAUGUACAGCCAAACACUUCCGUGACAAGGAGCACCAAGUCUCCUCGCCAAGGUCGACCAAAAGGCAGCAAGAAAAAGUCUCCACGCACAAGCGAGCAAUUGAAGGGUGAAAAAAGGCUUCGGAGAAGUAGAGAAGGAGAAAUGGAUGAAGAGCAAGGAUCUGAUGCUGAACAAUAUCAUUCAGCGAACGAGGCGCAGAGUACACCGCAACAACCAAAUCAGGAUGACACAAAUAUCACCAAAGAUCCCCGUCAGAUUGUCGAAGUGAAUGAUGGUAUUCAAGCUGAGAAGGAAGCGGAAGAUGAUGGGGAUAUCGAAGUUGAAGAGACACAAGUCACUGAAGAGCAGGCCGGAGCAACGACUUCGUUCGCUCAGAGUCAAGCCAAGCGACGAGAAAAGGAAAAUAGCAAGAUGUUCCUAGGUCAAGGAAGGCUGUGGCUAGAUGAUAUUGUUGGCUCUAUAAGGGACCAAGUGGAGCGGCAGGCCGAUGACACAACGUGGACCAAAAGUGGAAGAUCUCUACUCAAUCAAAUAAGAAGGUUGCGGAAUCUGUAUCGAGACGGGUCCGAGACAGGGGACAGAGCAGACGUUGAGCGCCAAUUCAACGAGAGAUUGGGGAAACUUGAGGAAUGGGCUUCUAGUAACGAAUUGCCAGAGGGCAAGAUAGCCGAUAUAGUUCGUGAUAUCUAUGUCAAGGUUGUCCCUGAUUGCUUAAUAUUACUUAAGCGGACCAUGAGACGUCGGGUGCUAGAACCUGCCCAAAGGGAAGCUUAUGACCUCCAAGGGCUGGAAGAAAUUGUGCGCAUCCAACAAUUCAUUAUUGACUUUUGCGGAAAAGCAAUUAGUUGGAAUGUCAAACCUUCUGGGGGAGGACCUAUCAUUCGAAAUGUGAAACAGAGAUUCUUUCCUUACCUGAAAAAACUCAACAGUGUUUUCAGAACCGCUCUAAAGAAAGAACAAAUCUCAGAGCGAAGGAGGCAGAAUGCGGAGCUGUAUGCGACACAAAUACCUGAUCCACAAAAUUCGGAAGUUCCGGACGCUACGAGACGAAGGCGUGAAGAUGCGGUCCAUAACCAACUUCUGGAGCUCCAGCAGGGUCUGAGAAAGGAAGAGAAGGUGGUUCAACGUCAGGCUGGCCUAAAACGUACGUUAUUUCCCGGCAAUCCACCGCAGACGCAAACGCGAGAGCCGGUAGUCCAGAACCGCGACUCCCGGUGGACGGACGAAGAGGACGACGAACUCAUCGACCAGUUACUGAACAAUGAGCAGACGCGCGACCUGCCUGGUAAGCAGCGCUUUCUUUCCGACGAAAUCCUAAUGAUGCUGACAUAG